UUUCUAUUAUUAAGACAAGUAUAUGGAGUCAACUUAUUAUUCAACAAUAGGCCAAUUGGAGAUCACUUGAAAAGUUCAAAGUCAUCCUCGUUGUUAACGUCGAAAUUAAACACACAUACCUGCAGGGUUUUCAUAAUUCCUGAAACAGGGGAAGGAAAUGGCCUCACAACAACACAUCGAGAAGAUGCAGCUCCGCCAGAACUUCCGCAAUCUCUGGCACUCUGAUCUUUUGAGUACAAUUCAAGCUGACACCCCUUAUUGUUGCUUUUCUCUGUGGUGUGCACCGUGUGUAUCAUAUCUGCUCCGCAAACGAGCUCUUUACGAUGAUAUGUCAAGAUACACAUGUUGUGCUGGUUACAUGCCCUGCAGUGGUCGGUGUGGAGAAAGUAAAUGUCCUGAACUCUGCCUUGGUGCGGAGGUUGUCUGCUGUUUUGGAAAUUCAGUGGCCUCAACUCGAUUUCUGUUACAAGAUGAAUUUAAUAUUCAAACUACGCAAUGUGAUAAUUGCAUUAUUGCUUUCAUGUUUGUCCUUCAACAACUUGCCUGCAUAUUUUCUAUUAUUGCUUUAAUUGUGGGAAAUAGUGAAAUUCGACAGGCUUCUCAAUUGCUAUCUUGUUUGGCUGACUUUGUCUACUGCACGGUGUGUGCUUGCAUGCAGACUCAGCAUAAGAUUGAAAUGGACAAACGCGAUGGGAAAUUUGGACCCCAAUCAGUAAUGGGUGUUCCCCCUGUUCAACAAAUGUCACGCUUUGAUCAGGCAGUCCCCCCUUUUGUUGGGUAUUGACCACAACCAGCAUAUGGACAGGGCUAUGGUUAUUCACAUGCCUAAGACCCUUCUCAUCCUCCCAACUAGCCUGCCCAUCAUCAUCAUCAUCAUCAUCAUCAUCCACCAGCAUAUAGCUACUUUUGGUGAUUUUUUUCAUAAGAAUGCUUUAGGUUGGGUUGCAUUUCCAUCAAGUCAUACAUGUGUGGUAAAAUUAGUCAGAUUGAUUAUCAAGUUGCGUUUCCCUUAUACAAGACAAACAUAUUAUACCAUGGCUAGUUUUAUGUAUACUUUGAUGUCAUAUUGUCAUUAGACUCAUUACUGUUCACCCGUGGCUAUAUUUACUUUUUUUCUUAUGCGCAAUGGGAUAUAAUGCCAGAUUGCCAUGUAUCAAAUACUAAUAUGAGGUGUGAUUAUUCAGGUUUUUUAUUUUUUAUUUAUGAAUGUGAUCA